AUGCCGUCCGCCUCCAAGGAGAAGAGACUCGCCAAGAAGGCUGCCGAGGGCAAGCUCGACAAGAAGUCAGGCAAGGCGGCCAAGGGCAAGAAGGAUGAACCCCAGCUCGAUGCCCACGGCAACCCCGUCGAGGAUGACGCCCCGGCCACCUCAGGCGACAAGCUCGACGAGGUGAAGCGCCUCGCCGACCAGAUGGACCAGCACGGCAUCUCGGAUCGCGUCACCACCGGCGUCCUGGCCUCCACGCAGUCCAGCAAGGACGUCAAGAUCACUAGCACCAGUCUCGUCUUCCACGGCCGCGUUCUCAUCACCGACUCGACGCUCGAGCUGUCCUUUGGCCGCCGCUACGGUCUGCUCGGUGAGAACGGUUGCGGCAAGAGUACGCUGCUCAAGGCCAUCGCCGCCCGCGAGUACCCCAUCCCCGAGCACGUCGACAUCUACCUGCUCAACGAGGGCGCCCCCCCGUCGGAGCUCGGUGCCCUGGAAUGGGUCGUCAAGGAGGCUGAGAACGAGAUGGAACGUCUCGAUAAGCUCGCCGAGCGCAUGCUUGAGGAGGAGGGCCCCGAGAGCCCCGUCCUCAUCGACCUCUACGACCACAUGGACAAGAUGGACCCCUCGACCUUUGCCACUCGCGCAUCCCUCAUCCUGACGGGUCUCGGCUUCAACAAGAAGACGAUCCACAAAAAGACCAAGGACAUGUCUGGUGGCUGGAGGAUGCGAGUCGCCCUCGCCAAGGCCCUCUUCGUGAAGCCGUCGCUGCUGCUGCUCGACGACCCCACCGCUCACUUGGAUCUUGAGGCCUGCGUGUGGCUCGAGGAGUACCUCAAGAAGUGGGAGCGCACCCUGGUCCUGGUCUCCCACUCCAUGGACUUCCUCAACGGCGUCUGCUCCAACAUGAUUGACAUGCGUCAGAAGCAGCUCCAGUACUACGGUGGUAAUUACGACUCGUACAACAAGACGCGCUCUGAGAACGAGACGAACCAGAUGAAGGCCUACACCAAGCAGCAAGAAGAAAUUGCCCACAUCAAGAAGUUCAUCGCUAGCGCCGGUACCUACGCCAACCUGGUGCGACAGGCCAAGUCGCGCCAGAAGAUUCUGGACAAGAUGGAGGCCGACGGCUUCAUCCAGCCCGUUGUUCCCGACAGGGUCUUCACCUUCCGUUUCGCCGACGUGGAGAAGCUGCCGCCGCCCGUCCUGUCAUUCGACGAUGUCACCUUCUCCUACUCUGGCAAGCCCGAGGACGACCUGUACCGCAACCUCGAGCUCGGCUUCGACAUGGACUCGCGGACGGCCCUCGUCGGCCCCAACGGUGUCGGCAAGUCGACGCUGCUGCGCCUCAUGACGGGCAAGUUGUCGCCCACCGGCGGCUCCGUCACUCGCCACACUCACCUUAAGCUGGGCCUGUACUCGCAGCACAGCGCCGAGCAGCUGGACCUCACCAAGUCCGCCCUCGACUUUGUUCGCGACAAGUACAAGGAAAAGUCGCAAGACUACCAAUACUGGCGCCAGCAGCUGGGCCGCUACGGCCUCACUGGCGAAGCCCAGACCGCCCUCAUGGGCACUCUGUCCGAGGGCCAGAAGAGCCGCAUCGUCUUCGCCCUGCUGGCCAUUGACGGCCCCAACAUGCUGCUGCUCGACGAGCCGACCAACGGCCUGGACAUUCCCACGAUUGACAGUCUGGCGGAUGCCAUCAACGCCUUUAGCGGAGGUGUCGUCGUCGUGUCCCACGACUUCAGGCUGCUCGACAAGAUUGCCAAGCAGAUUCUUGUCUGCGAAAACCAGACGAUCCAGACCUGGGACGGCUCUAUCGGCGAGUACAAGAACUACCUCAGGAAGAAGAUGAUCUCGGCCGGAGCCGUGUAA